AUGGGGAUGAAGGAAGAAACAGGUUCAGAGGACCUGGCGCCGUCAAACGAGGAGUUGACGAAAGAUGUCGAGCUUCUCAAGUAUCCAUUGACUAAAAAGGAUAAUUUGCCUCCUGUCACCAAGUCAAAGCUUCCAAGUGUCUCUUUGUCUGCUCGCAGCUACAGCAUGCGAGUGGAUAAAGCCGGAGAUAACCGAGAUAGCGGACAAUGGCAGAUGAGGUCUUGA